CCCAUACACUGCCGUCACGAAUCCAACGGAUUGAAGGGUACAAGGCGCUGGCGGGGCUCUUUUCAACACAAACAAGGAAGAGAUAUCACGUGCACUGGUUACAGUGGAAAUCAUUCGGUCAGUUCAUCGUUGGCGCUUGGUUGCAGUGUCCAGGAAGACGACAUUAUACGGCGUUCCAGCAGUGCCACAUGGUUCUGCUUCGGCACAUAUCCAUCGCUCUAACCGCCGCGGUGGCUGCCUUCGGGUCCGCGCUGUUUAUCGCCCUGAAUUAUUUCUACAGAAGGCGAAUAUGGUCUCCCGAAGCGGAAUAUUACAUGAUAAAAGAGGAGCAGGAGGAGCGUGGAAAGCGCCAGGUGCUCGUCCUUGGCCUAGACGGUGCUGGGAAGAGCAGUAUCCUGCAGGGGCUAACAGCUGGAGACGGGGGCAAGAGAGGGAACUGCCGCCCCACCAGGGGCUUCAACUUUAUGAGCCUCAGUGCCCCUGCCUGUCAGCUGGAUUUCCUUGAGAUUGGAGGGGGUGAGGAUUUGCGUACGUACUGGACCGAGUACAUGAGGAAGACGCAUGUCCUGGUGUACGUGGUUGACUCCUCUGACAGAAAACGUCUCCCACAGGCCAAGGCUGAGCUGCAUCGCCUUCUCAGACUGGAUUCACAACUUCCUGUGGUGGUCCUGGGAAACAAACAGGACAAGCACAAUGCCAUGAGUGUGUCGGAGCUUCAUGAGGCCCUGUCUCUGGGGGCGGUGGCUGACGAUAGGAGGCUGUUCCUCCUGGCUGCCCAGCUGGGCUCAGAUGGCCUGAUUGUCUCCCGCAAUCUGCAGGCCUUCCAGGACCUGAUCCUACAGCUCGUUUGAUUCCCUAGGACAGGAUGAGUUGAACGGGGGGUUGACCAUACAGGUGGGAUGGGGAGAGGCCCAUGGAUCUCUGGAUUGAAAAUUCCCCUCGCCCCCAAAAGUUGCUCUUGAAUCUCUGGACCAAUCAGAAUGAAGCAAAUGCAGGUACCACAACAGCUGACAGUGGUCCUUUGUUUUUUGGCUAACAGUCAGCAACAGUGAAAUAAGUGAUGUUCACCAUGAUAGAAUAGAUUGUUAAAAAAA